AAUACCUGAACCGCUAAGAACGAUCGAUGAUUGAAUGAACUGCUUACUGAUCAUUGUUUUUAAAAAUAAUUUUGAUAAAAAUAUAGGAAAUUAAUCUAUCAUCGACGAAGGGAAAUAAUAAAUGAUAAUACACUGAACAUGGAGAGAUCUCAAUUUUCAGUGUCAUGGCAAGCUCAUCAAAAGAGCAUUUGCAAUGGACUGAGUGCACUUCAGCAGAAAUUUACAAGCUUUUUGAUGUAGAGAGGAGAGUUCGUUGACAUGACACUUGCGGCGGACGGUCACCUGGUAAAAGUGCACAAGAUGGUGAUGUCUCUCGUCAGCCCGUACAUUAAGGAACUGAUCUCUUCGGCGGAGUGCUCGCACCCUGUUGUAUUUCUUAAUCAAGUAUCAUACCAGACAUUGUGCAGCAUAUUGGAAUAUGUCUAUACCGGUGAAGUACUCUUGGCCAAGAAUAGUCUAAAUGACUUCAUCAAUGCUGGAAAGGCACUUCACAUUAGAGGACUCACAAACAUGAAUGUAGCCAAUGCAUUGCCUGCUCAAUCUGGCUUCGUACAGAUUCAAAGCUUGGAAACGAAAUCAUCGAAAAAGAACAAAGAGAGUCCAGAGAAUGCACACACAAGUGUGCGUAAGAAGGAUCGACAACAAGAAAAGAUACAUGAGGUAUAUAUACAUGAAGAUAUGACAAUGGACAAUCCAAUAGACUCGACAUAUGAUGACGUACUGGAUGACGAUAUUGACAUGGAUGAUGGAGAAGAGAAACAACAGCAUACAUCAGAGCCACAACAACCUUCCAGCGUGCCAGGCAAUACAUCAAAUACUAACAAAACUCCAUACAUCCAGUACUCAGUCUCAAAUCAAGGCAACCUACAGAUGGUAUUGAACAGAUAUCUGUAUUAUCUGGUGUAUACUGGCAAGAACUCUGGUCACCGGCGCUGGCAGUGCAUCGACAAUCACAUGAAAAGGUUCAAGUGUCCAGCUGCUGUUGUUACUAAAAAUGGUGUCAUUGUACAAAGGAUAUCUGCUCACAACCACUCAUUCCAUGACCAAAAAAUUCUGAAGAAAGUACAGACUGGUGCAAUAUUUUCGGCUCUGCAUGAGGCACAAAAUCACGGCAAGAUUAUGCAAAAAGAGAGGAAUGCGAAGAGUACUUCUACUAGUCAAGAAAGAAACGAAGAUUCAGAUACUAAAUAAAUUAGUUAAUCAGUAUACAUUCAUGUUAGUUGUAGUAUUAUAAAUGUUUCAUUAUUUACUAAUAUUAAAUAUAUCUUAGCUCA